AUGGCUCGAGAGAAGGCGCUUGCUCCUGCCACGAGUACCAUGAGCCAGGAAUCGAAGGUUGACAGGGUUGCCACAACGACAGAAGUUCGGGUGGUGGAGGAGGAAGUGGACGAGACUGGAGUGACGAUCCGAAUUUCGAGGAGGGGAGACGUGGAGUUGGAUGAAACCCUGCUAACAGACUCGGACGAGGACAAGGAAAGACGAUCGGAAGAAGAUGAAAGGUGGAGCAGGGCGCCAUGGCUUCAUGGGAGCGCUACCUUGACGCAGUUCGUGAAGCCAACAACCAAGGCAAGAGCCAAUCUACAGCCUGCCCCUCCUCCGGAGCUCAAGGAUGUUGAGACCUCAGAUGAGCUCGACAUCAGCCAGGAUCUAGCAGAGCAGGAAGAUAGGAACACAAGGCUGCAGCGUCACAGUCGCAUCUGGUCGGUGCAGGAUGAGCUGGGAUUUCUUGAGGAGCAAGAAAGACCGCCAGCUAUCAGCUUCCUCCGACCGUCAACAGCACGCCAGGUUGCGAGUCUGAUCUUGUUUGUGGCCAUGUCGAUGCUUCUUUCCCUGGCUCUGUUCCUCUCCGCGAUCUGGUUCCUGAUCAACCAGAGGGGAGAGGAGAAGUAUUCCUUCUUCUGCAUAGCGGGCAUCUUGAUUUCAGUCACGUUCCCACUGAUAAGCAUCUCGAUGCAUUGCCAUGUGAUGCAGUGGAAAAGCAGCAUGCAGGGUUUCAACCUGCUGGUCCUCGCCAUGAUUCCAAUCUACCACCUCGAGAUCAUCAUCGGGACCUUUGUCCCGUCCUUCAUUAGGUUCCUGGAGGUUAUCAGCGGCGCGUGCGAGGCCAUCUGCUACGCCUCCUUCCUGUCUCUCACCCUGCCGGCCAUGAGAAUUCGCUUCUCAGUCCGGGAGAGAAAGAACCAUGACAUCGAGAGGCUGCCUUACGACCCCCUGUCCCAGCUGCCCAUCGCAUGGUAUCUUUCUGCGCUGUGGCCUCUGAUCCGACUGGCUUCAGUCCUGUACGCAGCUGUCAAGCAACGAAAGUAUGAAAUCGUGCACCUGCUGCCCAUGUUGUCGAGCGUCUGCCUUUUAAUCACAACUUUCUCCUUUGUCCUGCAGAACCAACAAGUCCUGCAGCUGCUUCCUUGCACCGCCAGGGUUGUGCCCAAAGGCGCUUCUUUGCUGGCACUGAUUCUGCUGAGCUCAAUCAACCGAGACGGCCUGUUCACUCUGACACAUUUCAAGAUGUUCCCUGUUAGCGCAGGGGAGGACGAGGCCACAGGCUGGUCGAAACGUUACCUGCUCGUCCAAUCUGUUGUCUGCCUCGUGACCGUCUAUCCCCUCGCGGCUUCCUUCUCCUACAUGGACUUCCUGGCACUGGACAGGGUCCCACAGCAACGGCCAAAGAGAACACAGAGGCAGCGGCUGAGGAGGAGGAGCAGUUUGAUUCGAUGA